AUGGACAUAACAAAACUGGAUCCAGAGUCACUUACUCUUCUGGGAGCAGGCGGUGGGGUGAUACUGACGUUGCAUUUCACCAUAGUGCUGUUAACACAGCAUCUCUUCUACUGGAAAAAUCCCAAAGAACAAAAGGCCAUCAUCAUCAUCGUACUCAUGGCCCCCAUCUAUGCCGUCGUCUCCUUCGUCGGGUUGCUGGACAUCGAUGGCAGCAAGCCCUUCUUCACAUUCUUGGAGUCAGUCAAGGAAUGCUAUGAGGCACUGGUGAGUUUCUAGUAUGAUACCACGGUCACAUGAUAGAUUAUCACUGAUGAUGUUUGCACCACUGAUGCGUGAGUCUCUGAUGGCAGGUCAUAGCUAAAUUCAUGGCUCUGAUGUAUAGUUACCUGAACAUCUCUCUGAGCAAGGAUAUGGUGCCGGAUGAAAUCAAGGGCAGGGAAAUCCAUAACUCCUUCCCCAUGAGUCUUUUUCUGGUGCGUGUUUAGUUCAUCAUUGAAAUUCUUGCUUCAUGGGAUAGUCUUGCCCAUGUGUUAACUUUCACUAGUUGCUCAGAGUUCCUCCUUUGAACUCUGCAUUCUCGUUUGCAACAAGCAAAAGCUUGUGUUUUCUGGAUCUUCAUCAGGGUUCUCUACUGACCCUUUAAGGAUUGAAGCUAUGUUGUUUGAAACAAUGAGAGUUCAGCAAGUCCAUUAAUUUUCUGGAUCGUCCUGCUCUCGUCACACUCUACACUAAGAGGAAAAGUGGAGUUACUGAGGACCUGGGGUCCUUCAAAAGCCUUCAUUGAGCUUAACCAGAGGAUGGUGGGGGCUGCUAAUCUUUGUUGCUUUGAUUUUUCUAAGGUCUUGAACGCCAUGUGAGUCUUAAAAGAGAGGAGAGUAGGACACCCCCGUUUGCAUUCUUAAAAGAGAAAUUGAUUUUUUUGGUAAACUAUAUUGCUUUGCAUGAAUUUCCUCUAGCAAUUCAGCAUUUGUUCCUUCCCUUUUAUGGGCUAUCUGGCAUUGGAGGUGUAUGAUGAUUGUGAAACAUCGUAUUCUCGUUUUGUUGUUGCGUGGACACGAACUCAGCUUCAUGAUUUUGAUGUUAAGUUUCUGGGUCCAAGUUCACAGGAGCCUCCAUGGUUUUGCACUGCCUCUUCAAGCUCUCUAAUCAGGCGGGAUGCACUAGAUUUUGCUUCCUUUAUUUCAACUCGGCCUAGUUCUCUGGCUCAAACGUUGACUUUCUGUGAUUCAUCAGAAGGCAGGAGGAAGUAGCAAUGCAUGGAUAGCUUUUACUAGAUACAUGCUGGCGACUUUUGACUAGGAACUUUUUUCUUCUGUGGUUGUAGCCACGAACAAUCCGAUUGGAGAACCAUACAUUGAAGGCCCUGAAGUAUUGGACAUGGCAGUUUGUUGCAGUCCGACCCAUCUGCUCUGUACUUAUGAUCAUCUGCCAAGUUUUCGGGUUCUACCCCAGCUGGCUCAGUUGGACCUUCACCAUCAUCUUGAACUUCUCCGUCUCUCUGGCUCUGUAUGCCCUCGUCAUCUUCUAUCAUGUAUUCGCCAAGGAGCUCGCCCCUCACCGGCCCUUGGCCAAGUUCAUGUGCAUCAAAGGGAUAGUGUUCUUCUGCUUCUGGCAGGUAGGCUCUGGUUCCUGAGAUUAAAUAAUCUAUGAAACUUGUGGGUAUUGGAAUUUUUUUCUUUCUUUUAGCAUGCUGUUAUUUCAGAUAUAUUCCAAUCAGCAUUGGAAGUCCAAGGUGGCUUUCUUGUACCACUUUUGUUUUUUAAAAAUAAAAGUAAAAAUAAGAAUAAAUCACUUUUCACUCUUGCUGCUUUGAAAUGAUUUCAAGUUCUUGUUGGUCAACGAUCUGAGAGAAAUAAAUAAAUAAAUAAAUUUGGAAGCAAUGGUGAUAGUUUAAGUUUCUAAAUUUGGCAUGCAGCUGAGCUAGUUGGGUCUGUGAACCACAAUUGGAGUGUCUCGUGUGCAUCUUUGAUGAAUGGCAUAUUUAUUAUCUGGGGAAUUUUCUUGGUUAUCAGGGAAUUGCUCUUGAUGUCUUUGCUGCGGCGGGGGUCAUCAAAUCCCACCAUUUCUGGCUGGAUGUGGAGCACAUUCAGGAGGCCAUUCAGAACACGCUCGUCAUCUUCGAGAUGGUCAUCUUCUCUGUUCUUCAGCAGUAUGCGUACCACGUCGCCCCCUACACCGGAGACAUGAAGACCAGAUUCGAGAACAAGAAGACCCAGUGA